AUGGGAGGAGGUGAGCGUAUUCCAGCUAUGAAUGAGACCUCUGAACCUGGGCAGAAUGUAUAUCUUCAUGCCGUGGUCGAUCUGGGCAGCAAUGGCAUUCGUUGCUCGAUCUCAGACCUUUCACCCCCCAGUACCCGAGUCAUCCCUACUGUACACUUCCAUCGAGUAAACAUCUCCCUUUAUGAAGCUCAAAUCGACCCCGACACGGGCGCCAGAAUCCCCAUCCCACAGCAUGUCAUCGACCGAAUCGUUAGCGCUAUAGUACGCUUCCAGAUCGUCUGUGUGGAGCUCGGCGUUCCCACUACAAACAUCCGGAUCAUUGCAACAGAAGCGACUCGCACCGCCAUUAAUGCCUCUGUUUUUCUUGAUGCGAUCCGCAACAAGACAGGGAUUUCGGUGGAAGCACUACGCAAGGAAGAGGAGGGAGUCAUUGGAGCAUGGGGAAUCUCAAGCAGCUUCUCCGAUGUGGAGGGUCUCGCGUUAGACUUGGGAGGUGGCAGCAUGCAGAUGACCUGGAUCGCUUCGCAUGCAGGCAACGUUCAAAUGAGUCCACAGGGAUCGGUCAGCUUUCCAUAUGGAGCAGCCGCAUUAACCCAGAAACUGGCCGACCUGAAACGGGGCAAAAGCAAAGAGGAAGCUCACAAGGCCCAGGAGCAGUUCCGCCGUGAAAUGGCAGACAACUUUCGCGCUGCAUUUGAGACCAUUGACGUUCCCGAGCACCUCGUGAAAAAGGCACGCCAACAAGGUGGAUUCCCCCUUUAUCUGUCAGGUGGAGGGUUCCGGGGAUGGGGAUAUCUCCUGCUGUAUCUGCAUCAGACUAAGGGCCGAAGUUACCCGAUUUCGAUUAUCAAUGGAUAUUCCGCGCCUAAGAAAGAUUUCGAGGACACCGAAGCUCUCAAGGAAGUAGCUCGCACGGCUCAUGAUAUCUUCCGGGUCUCUGACCGGAGACGGAAACAAGUCCCGUCUGUUGCUUUUUUAGUGAACACACUGGCCGAGUCAUUGCCGCAUGGGAUUAAGGAAGCUCAUUUCUGCCAGGGUGGAGUGCGGGAAGGAGUACUCUUCCGUGAGAUGCUCCCAGUCGUGCGUCAGCAGGAUCCCCUCGAGGUUGCCACUGCCCGUUAUGCCCCGUCUUCGGCUCAGGCUCUCGCAGAUUUGCUGCUGGCCGCCCUUCCUCGGCCGUCGGACACUCGAUCAUUCCCAUCUUCCAUCAGUCUCCACCUCAUCCAGGCCUUUGCCAAUGCCCUCUACGUUCACGCCACCAUGUCCAAAGAAUUGUCCUCUAGUGCCGCACUCUACAGCACUAGUACAGGAAUUCUAGCUUCUACCCACGGCAUUCCACACGCUCACCGGGCCCUCUUGGCAUUAAUGCUUCAGGAGCGAUAUGGCGGAGAAUUGCCACCUCGAGACAUUGAUCUAAAGACACAUCUCCAGGGGAUUUUGACCCGCGAGGAAGUCUGGUGGACCCGCUAUCUCGGGAAACUUGGCCUCGUCUUGAGCCAGCUGUACCCAACCGGGUCUAUCGACACCUCCAAGCCGAGGAUCGUCCCCUCAGCACAAUGGGUGACCGGGCUAGGAAAGAAGGGGAAGAAAGAUGGCCUAGACUUGACGAUUUCCAUCCAAAAAGUCGCGUACGACCCGACUCACCUCAAAGAGGAGCUUGAACAUGACGUGCAGAGAAUUGAAAAGGUCGGGAAGCGAAAGAACUGGAUUGGUGGACGCGAUGGCUGGGGCAUUAAAGUCCGUGUCUCAGUGGUGGAAGAGGAUUUAUUACUCUCCGCAUGA